AAUGCAUGAGCACUAACUUCAUAGUUUAGCCGAAAAAUUACAGUUAUAUCAAAUCAUAACAAUAGCUACUGAAUCUUGCUAUGAUUGUUUAGAGUUGAUUUACAGAUCCUCUCAUUUACCAGGCAUUUUAAUUUAGGGCCAUCAUACCCACCUAUAACAUCUAAGGAGUGUCAUUACGUGCAGCCUAAUUAAAACCCAUGAAAAGUGCCUUAUCGGAUUCCGGAACCAUUUACCACCUUCUUGAUGGUCUGAUGGUCUCAAAGAAAUCCGUUGAGGUUGGCAGAGAAAAAUGUAGCAUUUUCCGCCCGUAUUAUUAUGAUCCAACGCCUUCCCCCUCCAACCCAAAAAUCCGACAAAGAGGAGACCGGCCCGACCGAAGGCGAGUCAUGGACCACCCGCCUGCGCGUGCUCACCGACGCCGGCCGCCACGGCGAGGCCCUCGCCCUCCUCCGCCGCAUGUUCCGACACCCCAACCCCCCGCCCGACGCCUCCACCCUCCCCGCCGCCCUCCUCGCCGCCGCCGCCCUCUCGCUCCCCUCCGCCGCCGCCCAGCUCCACUCCCGCGCCAUCUCCUCCGGCUCCCUCGCCCACCCCUUCGUCCUCACCGCCCUCCUCUCCUCAUACUCCCGCCUCUCCCUCCUCCCGCUCUCCCGCCGCCUCUUCGCCGACGUCUCCCCCUCAGCCCCCGCCGCCACCCUCGUCGUCGCCUUCAACGCCCUUAUCUCCGGCCACGCCCGCCACUCCCUCCCCUCCGGUGCCCUCGCCCUCUUCCGCGGGAUGCGCCGCUCUGCCCUCCCCUUCAACGCCGUCACCCUCCUCGCCCUCCUCCCCUCCUGCGCCCACUCCGCCGUCCCGCCCCUCCACGCCUGCGCCAUCCGCGUCGCCCUCACCGGCGAACCCUCCGUCGCCAAUUGCCUCCUCUCCGCCUACGCUCGCGCCGGCGCCGUCGACCUCGCCCGCCAGAUGUUCGACGAGAUGCCCAACCCAAAACAGCUCAUCUCGUGGAACGCCAUGAUCUCUGGCUACGCCCAGAACGGCCUCGCCCCUCGCGUUCUGGACCUCUACCGCGAGAUGGAGCAGUCUGGCGAAGUCGAGCCGGACCCUGUCACCCUUGUAGGCGUGCUCGCCUCCUGCGCCCAUCUCGGAGCCGACUCCGUUGGCCGGAGAAUCGAGCGUUAUAUAGCUCAAAAUCCUGCCCACGGUUCCAAUAUCUAUCUAAAGAACGCACUAAUAAACCUGCAUGCUAGAUGUGGUGAUUUAGCUCGAGCGCGAGAGAUAUUCGACAUGAUGCAGAAAAGAAGCAUUUUCUCGUGGACUGCAAUGAUUGCUGGCUACGGAAUGCAUGGGCAUGGAGUGGCCGCGUUGCAGCUCUUUGAAAGGAUGAGAGCCAGUGGAAUCCGACCUGAUGGAGUUGUAAUGGUGAGCGUGCUGUCUGCUUGUAGCCAUGCCGGAAUGACCGAGGAGGGAUUGGAGUACUUCUCCAAAAUGGAGAGGCUCUUUGGGGUCGUUCCCGGGCCGGAGCACUACGCAUGCAUGGUCGACCUGCUCGGUCGUGCCGGCCGGCUCGAGCAGGCAUCGGACCUCAUUAAGUCGAUGCCGGUGGAGCCUGACGGUGCCGUCUGGGGUGCACUCUUGGGAGCCUGCAAGAUUCAUAAGAAUGUUGAGUUGGGGGAAUUGGCUUUCAAGCAUGUCGUCAAGCUGGAGCCGAUGAAUGUGGGGUAUUAUGUUUUGUUAUCAAACGUAUAUUCGGAUGCCGGGAGGUUAGAUGGUGUGGCGAGAAUUCGAUCAAUGAUGAGACGCAGAGGACUGAGGAAGGAUGCUGGGUGUAGUUAUAUGGAGCUCGAGGGGAGUGUUCAUUUGUUCGUGGCUGAUGACCAUUCACACCCGCAGGCGAGGAGAAUUUAUGAGAUGGUGGUUAAACUGGAGGCUUUGGCGAAGGAGGCUUGUGGAGUGGAGAGCAAGAAGGAUGAAUUGAGGAAUGAGAAGGGAAAGAUUCUGCCAGUAACUGGGUUCCACAGCGAGAAGUUGGCUGUUGCUUUUGGGCUUUUGAAUACUGAAGCUGGGACAGAGAUUGUGGUGAUCAAGAACUUGAGGGUAUGUGAGGAUUGCCAUUUGUUCAUGAAGGUUGUCUCUAAUAUAGCAAAUCGAAAGUUCGUAGUAAGGGAUGCGAGCCGGUUCCAUCAUUUUGAGGGUGGAGUUUGUUCUUGUAAAGAUUAUUGGUGAAACUUGUUACUCAAAAAGAGGGUGUUCCUGGAAGGAUUGUUUUAUUAUCUCAAGAGUAAAAAGGUUCUUGGAAGGAUUGUUGGUGAACUUUGCUGCUCGUGGAUCCCUUGGAAGUGAGAAGAGGAGCUGCUGGAGUGCGGUGCUCUGAACUCGAUGGAAAAGUGAAACUAUAGCUGAUUCUUUUUGCCGAGUUGGCAUACAACCUGUAACAAUCUCCUGAGUAGAAAAUAAAGCACUUGGAAAGGACUCGGGACUCACGGAUGCUCCUUCCCAAGGUCAUACUGAAUUAGCCAUUUCAGGAGAAAGAUGUAUGAAUUUACAAAAUUCAUACAUUAUAUUUACAAAAUUUAAAGCCAUUUAGUAUCAAGUGCAUCCAAAAUUUCAUGCCUUUUCUUAUUUUCUCCUACAAGUCACAAAUACAUUGAAUUAUUAUAUUUUUGAAGUUAAGUGGCCAUUUAAUGAUUUGCAUGUAGUUAAACAAUGUUAUUUAUUUAAUUAAAAAAUGUUAUAUAUUCAAA